AUGGCUACACAAGCUGCUAUAAGUGGGCAGAAAGAAACCGCUGAUUUGGUCAAUCUGGCCUAUGCUGCUCAAGGGAGGAAUCAUGGGAAAGGGCAAUCACAAUGCUAUAGUUGCAAAGAAUUUGGGCAUAUUGCACGCAAUUGCAAUAAGAAAUUCUGCAACUAUUGCAAACAACAAGGCCACAUUAUCAAAGAGUGUCCUACACGUCCAGAAAAUAGAAAAGCCCAAGCAUUUCAAGUUGUUGCUUCAUCCUCUACUGUUAGUCAGUCAACAAUUACUCCAGAAAUGAUACAACAAAUGAUUCUUUCAGCUUUCUCUGCGCUUGGACUUAAAGGAUCAGGUGUCGGGGAAGGUGAUCGCGAAGGGGCCUAAAGUGGGCAGAAUUUUUCCGCUGCAAUUUUCGAUUCCUAGAACUUUGUCUUUAACUUCUAUUUUAGUUGAGAAUAAGGCUUCCAUUUGGCAUAAACGCUUAGGUCAUCCGAAUAAUGAGAUUUUAUCAACAUUAAUGAAUCGUGGUUUUCUUGGUAACAAAGAUAAAAGUUUCAAUUUUGAUUGUUCUACCUGUAAGUUGGGGAAGAGUAAAGUUUUACCUUUUCCUACAUCUGGUAGUCAUGCUACUACAUGUUUUGAGAUUAUACAUUCUGAUGUUUGGGGUAUUACUCCUGUUAUCUCACAUGCUCAAUAUAAAUAUUUUGUUACGUUUA